GCUGCGUUCGGCGGCUCGGAGGGAGCGCGUCCCGGGUCACGCCGGCGCCCGCGAGCGGAGCGCGGCGGGGAACGCGCCAUGGACCCCAAGGCGGGUAGCGGCGAGGAGGAUGACUGCGUGGACUCGGGCGCAGAGACCGGAGGGUCUGACUACAGCCACAUGUCCUCCACCAGCAGUGAGCUCUCCGUGGAGGAAGCGCAGGACCCUUUCUUGGUCAGCAUCCACAUAAUCGCAGACCCAGGGGAAUCCCGACCCCUGCAGGAGGCCAUCGACAAGGUCUUGGCUUGGAUCCACCCAGACCUCCAGCUGUUCAGGGUCUCUGAAAGGAGGGCGUCCCGGCGGCGGAGGAAGGCCCCCAAGGUGGCGCAGCCAGCCCUGGCGGUGGUCCUCUUCCUGCAGGAGGAGUAUGGCGAGGAGCAGAUCCUGCAGCUGCACCGCACGCUGCAGCGGCCGCCCUGGCGCCAUCACCACACGGAGCGCGUGCCUAGCAGGUUUCUGCCCUACCUGCCCUGCAGCCAGGAGUUCUUCACUCUGGCCCCUGGGACACCGCUGUGGGCCAUCCGGCCUGUGCACUACGGCAAGGAAAUCGUGCGCUUCACCAUCUACUGUCGCCAUGACAACUACGCCGACAUCCUCAAGUUCUACGAGCUGAUACUCAGGCGGAGCCCCAGCCAGAGGAAAACGGACUUCUGCAUCUUCCCCAUUUUCUCCAGUCUGGAUGUGGACAUCCAGUUCUCCCUGAAGAGACUGCCCUGUGACCAGACCCCGGUCCCCACUGAUUCCUCCGUGCUGGAGUUCCGAGUCAAGGACAUUGGCGAGCUGGUGCCUCUCUUGCCCAACCCCUGCAGGCCCAUCAGUGAGGGACGCUGGCAGACGGAGGACCACGAUGGGAACAAGAUCCUUCUGCAGGCACAGAGGGUACACAGGAAGUGCCCUAAACCCAGCAGAGCUCACCACGCCUCAGAGCAGAAAGCUGGGUCCGCGCCUUCUCCGAGUGCCGCUGCACAGAGCCGGACCCCUGGCAGCGGCCCGCAGCCCCCGAUGGACACUUCAGACCUGGGGCUCGGCCAGACAGGCCUGCCUAGCCGGCAGCCGCAGGACUUCACCAGACCAGCCGGCAGCCCUCCCAGCCUGCCCUGGUCUUUCCAGAGAAGCAAGUCCUUGUUGUGUUUGCCCACGGGAGACCCCUCCCCGGCCUCCUCAGCCGAACCACCGUGGUUUGCAAACACAGACGGCCCGGGGCAGAGGGCGUCGGAGCGGAGGCACGGCCACCUCCUCUCCAUCGAUGACUUAGAGGGGGCCCAGGAGACGGACGUGGACACGGGGCUGCGGCUCUCCUCCUCCGACCUGUCCGUGGUCUCUGCGUACUCUGCACCCAGCAGGUUCUGCAGCCCCACGGAAACACUGCUCCCCUCCGAAAGAUGCAGCAGCCUCUGGUCAGAGCGCAGGGCUUCCAGAGAAGGACCCCUGCCCGCUGGGGGCGGCGUGACCACAGAGGCCUCCUGGGCUGCCCUCCCUCUGUCCACCAAAGGGCCUUCCAGCUCCUCGGCCACAGCUGUCACCGCUUCCCCAGCUUCCGACACCUCCUGGCUCACAGAGUCACCCCCAGAACUCCCUUAUGAUGCUCCCGAUGCCCAGCAGACUGGCAGAGGCGUCCUACCACCCUCAGUGCUGGCCGGACGCGGGGGCAGCGACGUGGAGGAGGAAUUCUACAUCUGA